CAGCGUCCACGCGCUGGUGUUUUGAUUGACGCCAGUAGUCGGGCUUCAACUUCAGUUUGCCAUCAACAUGUAUUAUUAACCCCUUCAAUAACGAUGUCUGAAGUAAUGAUGACAGCAAUGGAGGAACUCUCACUGUGUCCCAUGAAAGCAGAGGAGCUUGCCGACGGUGUACGGAGCUUCCUGCUGGUGAACGAACAGGAAAACCUGCAGGUCCGCAAUGAGUCGGAUUUUGUUGAAAGGCUCAAAUGUGCGGAUGUGGGAGGUGUCAAAGUUGUGUCCAUCUUUGGGAACACAGGGGACGGCAAGUCACACACCCUGAACCACAUCCUGUUCAAUGGCGAGAGUGUGUUUUUUACCUCCAAGUCCUCUAGCUCCUGUACAGUAGGUGUGUGGGCCGCUUAUGACCCCUCCCUCAGCCUGGUUGCCCUGGAUACCGAAGGCUUGUUGGGAGCAGCUGCCAAUCAAAACCAGAGAAUGAGGCUUCUGCUAAAGGUCCUGGCAGUGUCAGAUAUAGUAAUCUAUCGAACGCGAGCAGAGCGCCUGCACAAUGACAUGUUCCAGUUCCUGAGCAGUGCGUCAGGGGCCUAUUUGAAACACUUCACCCCAGAACUCAGGGCCCUGUCCAGCCGCUGCGGUCUGGACGUGCCCCUCUCGUGUCUUGGGCCUGCUGUUAUUGUCUUUCAGGAGACGACACACACACAGCUGCUGGGCCAUGAUUCAAAGGUAGCUGGUCAUGCUGACAUGCAGCUCCAGAGGCGGUUUCAUGACCUGGGCUUGGGGACUGAUGCCUUCAGCUCGGUACAGUACAUUGGUACUCAAACUGUCACGCCUCCGACUGACUACAGCGGACUGCUGGAAGCCCUCAGACAGCAAGUGCAAAACACUCACACACGUUCGCCCCGCCACCCUGGCAUAGUGUUCCACGCUUUGGAAGCCCUCAGUGAACGGUUCUGUGGUGACCUGUCAGAUGGAAAGCUGAAUCUGUACACGUUCUUCCCAGAUGAGUACUUUACCUGCUCUGCUCUUUGCCUGAGUUGCAAUAUUCGCUGCAAGAAUGGAAUGAACCAUCUACGAGACAGGGUCCCGCACAUGGCAGAUGGACUAUGCCAGUAUGCACACCAGUACAACAACAAAGUCCUUAUCUGUAAGAGGUGCUAUGAAGGUGGCAGAGAGGUGACAGUUAUGCCUAAAACCUCUGCGUCCUCGGACAACACAUGGUUUGGUCUUGCCAAGUUUGCCUGGUCGGGCUAUGUGUUAGAGUGUGCCAGCUGUGGCGUCAUCUACCGCAGCAGACAGUAUUGGGUAGGGAACCAGGACCCUGAGAGCAGUGUGGUGCGUUCUGAGGUCAAACACGUUUGGGAGGGUUCGGACACCUUCCUUACCAACCACCAGAAUGCGGCCCAGAGGGUCCUGGAUGGGAUGAACUACGUGAUCCAGUCAGUUUCCGAGUACAGCACCGGCCCCACCAAAGCUGUCGCCGCCUGGGUCACUGACCAGGUGGCGCCGCCGUACUGGAGACCCAACACAGAGAUUACUGCUUGUCAUGGCUGUCACAAAGCGUUUGAGGAGGCGGAGCGUAAGCACCACUGUCGGUCAUGUGGCGAGGGUUUCUGCCACCUGUGUUCCAGCCAUAGGAUGCCAGUGCCAGAGAGGGGGUGGGGCAGCAGCCCUGUCAGGGUGUGUAUGGCCUGCUACCGUCAGGGAGGACCACCCGAAACCAGCAUUCAGGUGUGUAAAGCGGAGCCUCGUGGUCUCAUCGCUCGCAGGGUGGCGGAGGUGGCUCAGUCCACCUUAGACAUCGUCAGCACCGCUGUGGACUACCCACUCUGCUUUGUCAAGGAUGUGGCUCGACCAGACUACUGGGUGCCCGACCAGGACAUCACCCAGUGCCACCAGUGCUCGAAAGUCUUCACUCCAGUCAUGUCCAAGCACCACUGCAGAGCCUGUGGUCAGGGGGUGUGCGGCCCAUGCUCCACACAUAUGAAGCCUGUACCCUCAAGAGGCUGGGACCACCCAGUGCGAGUGUGUGACAACUGCAACGCGAGCACCGAUAUGCUCUAAACUACGGCUGUCAGUCUCAAAUCAAAUUAAAUGACAGUCUACUGUUCCAAAGAAGGCUUGCUAUCAGGUGCCAGCCGAAGAUCGGAUUUUUAUCUCUUCUGCCUCCAGCAUCUGAUUCUGCGUCAUGUAGUAGCAAAACUGAUCAGAGAUCAGUAGUCGUCUUUACUACAGGUUUCAGCUGCUUUGAGUUGUCUCCUCUAAAAUAUGACAACAGCUGGAAGCCCUGCACUAAGUGACCUGUGGAACAAAAGUGGAGAACAAAUGAACCAGUGGAAGAUUUUCAACCACUGUAGUAGUAAUCUCUUUUGCAAACGUUCACAUUUGAUCUCACGAGGUUCCAAAUCAUUGGAGGGGAUUUUAUUGUUAAUUCAUUAAACAUCUGCCUGACAUUGAUUACCUUGAACGUUAAGAGGAUUGAUGGAGGUAAACACAGUUUAAGGCACCUUUCAAAAAAGGGUGAUUUUGUGUAAUACCCAUGACAAUGUUUGUCUGUGCAUGUGUCUCUUUGCAAUAAGUGUUUGAGAUCACCCUGUAUACACAAAGAAGUGAGGUUGGUAUCGAAUUCCAGAUUCACAUAUCACUCUUAAGCUUGCAGGCACACUAUGGGAAAAUAUACAGUAUGUAACGUCUGUUGAUAGUCAACAUUCCAAUAUGUGAAAUACCCUUCUGAGCAAGUGACCUCUCGCUGAGACUCACCAGACUGGAACAUUUGGUUAUUCUGAUUCUUCAAUUGACUCAUUAAGUGUGUGUGUUUACUUUCCAGACUCCAAAAAACAGCUCUUAAAUUGUGACUGCCCAAACUUGGACAUUUCAGCCCACUUCUAACUUGAGAAAUCAUCUUGCAGUACUAUUGUUGUUUUGGUAGUGGAUAUGGCAACAUUAGCCCUAUCCUAUAGUGCCGCACGCACACACACAAUGAAGUCAUUGAAGUGAAUAAAGCAAAUAAUGUUUCUG